AGCGUGAGCGUGAGCCCUGCUACUGUAGACUUGCGAACAGUUCUGAGCGAGCUAUAGCGCGCCCGAGAGAGAACGAGAGUGAAAGAGCGAGUGCGAGGGGACGGACCUAGAGGAGACAGGGCGAGAAAACGAGGGCCUGAGGACCUACAGUUUGAGACUGAAUGACCAUGGCUGUCUCCGCACCUCCGGUGAUCUCUGCAACUUCCAGUGGCGCUGGCGUCCCGGGGGGCCUUUUUCGGGCUGAGCCAAUGUAUUCGACUCCUGGAGAGCCUCCUCGUCUCACCCCCAAUAUGAUCAACAGUUUUGUGGCCAGUAACCACAGUGGCAGCGCAGGGGGUGGCGGGGUCUGUAGUGCCAGCGCAGGCAGCGGCAACACCGAGUGCAGGAUGGUCGACAUGCAUGGGGUGAAGGUGGCUUCGUUCCUGAUGGACGGCCAGGAACUGAUCUGCCUCCCGCAAGUCUUUGAUCUCUUCCUGAAGCACCUGGUGGGAGGGUUGCAUACAGUGUACACCAAGCUGAAGAGACUGGACAUAUCUCCCGUGGUGUGUACUGUGGAACAGGUCCGGAUACUCCGUGGGCUGGGGGCCAUCCAGCCCGGGGUGAACCGCUGUAAACUCAUCACCAGGAAAGACUUCGAAACUUUGUUCACUGAUUGCACCAAUGCCAGUUCAAGGCCUGGCAGGCCUCCUAAACGUUCCUUGGGAGUGUUGCAGGACAAUGCGCGCCUUCUGCCACAUUCAGUUCCAGGCCUCUUAUCACCAGGACUUAUCACUCCCACAGGUAUAACAGCUGCAGCCAUGGCUGAGGCAAUGAAGCUACAGAAGAUGAAGCUUAUAGCUGUGAACACUCUUCAGGGAAAUGGAAGCCAAAAUGGAACGGAAUCAGAGCCUGAUGAUCUUAAUUGUAAUACAGGUGGAAGUGAAUGCUCAUGGGAUAAGGAUAAGAUGCAGUCUCCUCUUGCUGCUCCAGGACCUCAACAUGGAAUUACUCAUGCAGCCCUGGCUAGCCAGCCAGGCCUUGGGGGCGCUCCUACCCUCAAUCCACUGCAGCAGAACCACCUGCUGACCAAUAGGCUAGAUCUGCCAUUUAUGAUGAUGCCUCAUCCUCUACUUCCAGUCAGCUUACCUCCUGCAUCAGUUGCCAUGGCAAUGAAUCAGAUGAACCAUCUAAAUACUAUUGCCAACAUGGCUGCUGCAGCUCAGAUUCACAGCCCACUCUCUAGAGCUGGGGCCUCUGUUAUAAAGGAAAGGAUCCCAGAGAGUCCUUCUCCUGCUCCCUCUCUGGAAGAGAAUCAUCGCCCUGGGAGCCAGACCUCCUCUCACCCCAGCAGCAGUAUAUCCAGCUCCCCCUCUCAGAUGGAUCACCAUUCAGACAGAAUGGAAGAGGUACCAGUUCAAAUCCCAAUGAUGAAGUCAACAUUGGACAAGAUCCAACUCACUCCUGGGCAGGCAUUGCCUCCUGGAUUCCCUGGACCAUUCAUUUUUGCUGAUAGUCUGUCUUCUGUGGAAACUCUGUUGACCAACAUUCAGGGUCUACUGAAAGUGGCUUUGGAUAAUGCUCGCAUCCAGGAGAAGCAGAUUCAACAAGAAAAAAAGGAACUGCGAAUGGAACUCUAUAGAGAAAGAGAAAUUAGAGAAAACAUUGAAAGACAACUCGCAGUUGAGCUUCAAAGCAGAACUACCAUGCAAAAGCGCCUGAAGAAGGAGAAAAAAUCCAAGAGAAAACUGCAGGAAGCUUUGGAAUUUGAAUCAAAGCGUCGGGAGCAAGUGGAACAAGCCCUUAAACAAACCACUAGUAAUGACAGUGGCCUGAGGAUGUUGAAAGAUACUGGGAUUGAAGAUAUUGAAAUAGAAAACAAUGGGACUCCUCAUGACAGUACUGCUAUGCAAGCCUGAACACUGAUGCCAGAACUCCAACUGAUCAUAGGCGCGAAUAGGGAGGUAACUGUUACUGUUUAGCAAUGUCACAACUGUUUUAUUCAGCCUGAAAGGUCCUCGCUGGCUUUACAUAAAUGAAGAUGCUUGUGAUUACAAUUUAUCUCUGAAACUCCACAGCAUGGAGUUAUUUCAGUUAUGUUUAUCAGCAACACCUUGUUUACUAAAACAGCUAUUCAGUCUAAAUUGAUUUAUAAAAAAGGAAUGUGUGUGCAUUUUAAAAGUAAUGAUGUGAACUUGUCCUCGCAUUAGAUUGACCAGUUUAAGAAUAUGAGCUAAAUUCUCAUGGUUUAAGUAACCUGACCAUAUUUGAUGCUUUUCUAUGUUCACUUCAGCUUGGCCUUUUGUCUUUAAAAGAAAAAAUGUGGUAUUGUGUUAGAGACUAGAAAUUUAUAUGUAUGUUUCUCUGUUCUAUGAUAUAUUAAGUUAAAGUACAACUUCUUUGUUUAAAAAAUGUACUUGCUAAACUUCAGUAUAAAUAAAAGCAUUUUGACUUUG